CUCUCUUCGCUCUCUGUGUGUGAAGUGAGAGGAUCUUUGUUUGGUUCUGCAAUCAUAAUUUCGUGAUAUACUAAAAAAAACAAACACAAAAUGCAUUUUCUUCUGCUCUCUUAUACGCAUAGACCCUACUCUAUGAUCAGAUUUUCCUUGCUCUCUUCUCUUUGUUCUCUCAUGGUUUUUUCUCCCUAAAUUUGCUCUCUCCUUUCUCUCUCUAAAGCACACUCACACUCAAAAGCACUUGUCUUUCUUUUUUAUCGUCAGAAGUCUAAAGAUGGGUUUUGUUCAGAAACAGUUGUUUUGACUUCAAAAACCAGAGCUUUAAUCCUGGAUUCAUGGCGAAAAGAGCAACACUUUUCUUCUCCUCUCUCACUUUCUUGUUUCAAUUCGCUUAAAAAAUCAAUGGUAAUUUUGUCAAUCAAUUGUGUGUGUUUUGGGGGAAGAAGAAGAAGAGCAAGAGUGUGUGAUUGAUUUGAUUUGAUUCUACUCUGAUUUCUUAAAAAUGGCAUUUUGGUGCAUGUCAAUUCUUCUGAUUCUUGUUGCGUUUUUAUCAAAAUCUGAGUUUUGUGAAGCUCAGCUAAGCGAUGAAGCCACAUUGGUUGCCAUUAAUAGAGAGCUUGGAGUUCCAGGAUGGAGUAGCAAUGGCACUGACUAUUGUACUUGGGUUGGGCUCAAGUGUGGUCUCAACAACUCUUUUGUUGAAAUGCUUGAUCUCUCAGGGCUUCAGCUUAGAGGUAAUGUCACUCUAAUCUCUGACCUCAGAAGCUUAAAGCAUCUAGAUCUUUCUAGUAACAACUUCAAUGGACCAAUUCCUGCGUCUUUUGGCAACUUGUCUGAGCUUGAGUUUCUAGAUUUGUCUCUAAAUCGUUUUGUUGGAGCGAUUCCAGUUGAGUUUGGUAAGCUUAGAGGGCUUAAAGCGUUCAACAUUUCCAAUAACUUGCUUGUGGGAGAGAUACCUGAUGAGCUUAAGGUUCUAGAGAGGUUAGAGGAGUUUCAAGUCUCUGGAAAUGGGUUAAAUGGUUCUAUACCUCACUGGGUAGGGAAUCUGAGCAAUCUUAGGGUGUUUACGGCUUAUGAGAAUGAUUUGGUUGGUGAGAUACCGAAUGGGUUAGGUUCGGUCUCUGAGUUGGAAUUGUUGAAUCUUCACUCAAAUCAGCUUGAGGGGAAGAUUCCAAAGGGGGUUUUUGAGAAAGGGAAGCUUAAAGUUUUGGUCUUGACACAGAAUAGACUGACCGGUGAACUCCCUGAAGCAGUAGGAAUCUGCAGCGGCCUCUCGAGCAUUAGAAUUGGGAAUAACGAGCUUGUGGGAGUCAUUCCAAAGACAAUCGGAAACAUUAGUGGACUUACUUACUUUGAAGCAGACAAUAACAAUCUUUCAGGUGAGAUUGUUGCAGAGUUUUCAAAUUGUUCUAACCUCACUCUGCUGAAUCUAGCAGCAAAUGGGUUCGCUGGAACCAUUCCAACAGAGCUUGGUCAGCUCAUUAAUCUUCAAGAACUUAUUCUCUCAGGUAAUAGUCUCUUUGGGGAAAUCCCGAAGUCGUUUCUUGGAAGUGGAAACCUUAACAAGCUUGAUUUGAGUAACAACAGACUCAAUGGAACCAUCCCAAAGGAACUCUGCAUCAUGCCGAGGCUUCAGUAUUUGCUUCUUGAUCAGAAUUCCAUAAGAGGAGACAUACCUCAUGAGAUUGGAAACUGUGUGAAGCUGCUUCAGCUACAAUUGGGUCGAAAUUACUUGACGGGAACCAUUCCUCCCGAGAUUGGUCGCAUGAGGAAUUUGCAGAUAGCACUCAACUUAAGUUUCAACCAUCUUCAUGGAUCAUUGCCUCCCGAGUUAGGAAAACUCGACAAGCUCGUGUCAUUGGAUGUCUCUAACAAUUUGCUGACAGGAUCCAUACCGCAACUACUGAAAGGUAUGAUGAGUUUGAUCGAGGUUAAUUUCUCAAACAACCUCUUGAAUGGUCCUGUGCCAGUUUUUGUUCCCUUUCAAAAGUCUCCAAAUUCGAGCUUUUCGGGAAACAAAGAGCUAUGUGGAGCACCAUUGAGCUCUUCUUGUGGAAAUUCUGAAGAUCUUGAACAUUUGAGAUACAAUCACAGAGUCUCCUACAGGAUUGUGCUUGCAGUGAUUGGUUCUGGUGUGGCUGUCUUUGUAUCAGUCACUGUGGUUGUUCUUCUCUUCAUGAUGAGGGAGAAACAAGAGAAAGCAGCGGCUAAAAACGUUGAUGUUGAAGAAAAUGUUGAGGAUGAGCAACCAGCAAUUAUAGCGGGAAAUGUCUUCCUUGAAAAUCUUAAACAAGGAAUUGAUCUUGAUGCAGUUGUGAAAGCAACUAUGAAGGAAUCGAAUAAACUCAGCACGGGAACUUUCAGUUCAGUUUAUAAAGCCGUUAUGCCUUCGGGGAUGAUUGUUUCGGUGAAGAAACUCAAGUCUAUGGAUAGAGCCAUAACUCAUCAUCAGAACAAGAUGAUCAGAGAACUCGAAAGACUCAGUAAACUUUGCCAUGACCAUUUGGUUAGACCGAUUGGGUUUGUUAUAUACGAAGAUGUUGCUCUCUUGUUGCAUCAGCAUUUACCUAAUGGUAACUUAACUCAGCUGAUUCAUGAGUCCACCAAGAAACCAGAGUACCAACCUGACUGGCCAAUGAGACUGUCCAUAGCUGUUGGAGUAGCAGAAGGUUUAGCAUUUCUCCACCAAGUCGCCAUCAUUCACCUCGAUGUUUCCUCUAGCAAUGUCUUGAUAGACUCUGGUUACAAAGCCGUGCUUGGGGAAAUCGAAAUAUCAAAACUUCUAGAUCCCUCUAGAGGCACCGCAAGUAUUAGCUCAGUUGCAGGCUCCUUUGGCUACAUUCCACCAGAGUAUGCAUACACAAUGCAAGUUACUGCACCGGGGAAUGUUUACAGCUACGGAGUUGUGUUGCUUGAGAUUCUAACCUCAAGAGCGCCGGUGGAGGAAGAGUUUGGUGAAGGAGUAGAUUUGGUGAAAUGGGUCCAUGGAGCUUCAGCGAGAGGAGAAACACCGGAACAGAUACUUGAUGCCAAGCUUAGCACCGUGUCCUUUGCUUGGAGGAGAGAGAUGCUUGCAGCUCUGAAAGUUGCAUUGCUUUGCACAGACAUCACACCUGCAAAAAGGCCAAAGAUGAAGAAAGUAGUUGAAAUGCUUCAAGAGGUUAAGCAAAUCAAAUGAGCAAAUGAAUGAUGAUAUUUAGUUUCCUUUUGUGACAUUCAUAUACAAAAAAACGCAUUCCUAUAUAUGCGAGGUGUAUUAUUAUUAUAUAGGUUUUCAUGAUGAAUUGACCGCCAAUGGUUGAUUUACUUAUCCAAUAACACAAAUUAUAGAUUA